AUGGCAACAACUUGUGGUGUUCCACCUCCAUUUUCUAACGGUAACAUCGUAUCUUACACGGGCACAGUUUACCUCGACACCGCGUCAGUCGUCUGCGAUACAAACUUUGAGUCAAGUUCAGAUACAAUCAGUUGCUUGGAUUCCGGAACCUGGGGAGAUGUUAACUGCACUGCAAUAGAUUGUGGAAGUGUACCGUCAAUUCUGCAUGGAACCAUUGUACAAAGUAGCCCUGCCGUGGGUGUAGCAACUGUGACAUGUGACACCGGAUACCUAGCAACCGUUGCUACCAUCAACUGUACAGCCUCGGGCGACUGGGAGAGUGCUUCCUGUGAUCCGAUAUCUUGUGGAGUCCCACCUCCAGUUACUAACGGUAACAUCGUAUCUUACACGGGCACCGUUUACCUUGACACCGCGUCAGUCGUCUGCGAUACGAACUUUGAGUCCAGUUCAGAUACGAUCAGUUGCUUGGAUUCCGGAACCUGGGGAGAUGUUAGCUGUACUGCAAUAGAUUGUGGAACUGUCCCAUCUAUUCUUCAUGGAACCAUUGUACAAAGUAACCCUGCCGUGGGUGUAGCAACCGUGACAUGUGACACCGGAUACCUAGCAACCGUUGCUACCAUCAACUGUGCAUCCUCGGGCGACUGGGAGAGUGCUUCCUGUGAUCCGAUAUCAUGCGGCGUUCCACCUUCCGUGACGAACGGCAACGUCGACUCUUAUACGGGCACCGUAUACCAAGAGACCGCAUCGAUUUCCUGCAAUACGAAUUUCGAGGCAAGUGCAGACACAAUCAGCUGCCAGGCUUCUGGUAACUGGGAAACAGUGGCAUGCAAUGCAGCAGAUUGUUACGUAAACAAUGUUUGGGACUAUGCUGGCACUAGAAAUAUAACACCGUCUGGCUACCCUUGUGACCUAUGGACAAAUCAUAUUGGUGAUUAUCGAGUCAACGUUGACUGGAUGCCUGAGUCAUCUAUAGCAGAUGCUAAAAAUUACUGUCGACAACCAUCUAGCUAUUCCUGGAAUAUUUGGUGUUUCUCCACCCAUCCGUCAUAUGAAUAUGAACUUUGCGGAAUUUCGCAAUGUUGAUAUUGCUAAUUUAUAGAAAAAUGAAAAUUGAUAAAAAAAUAUGUUACAAUGCAACUAUUAAUAACACACGUGUUGAAUAUUAGUUUUACUGGUUAAAUAACCAAAUUUCAUCGAUCGUAAGCUUAUAUAACAAAAAACAACCGUUUAUACUAUUGGUUAUAUAACAUAUAUUCGCAGCAGCGUAUGCUCAAAUUAAUUGCAGGUAUGUUUUUGUUUUUCAAAAAAAAGGUUGACUUACAGUUGCAGUUUCAUUUUCUUUGAUAUUUUUUAUUUUGCGUAUCAAGUGAUAACAUUUUGGUUUGUAUAGCAAUAUUAACUGUGUCGUGUCAAUAAACGUAGACUGUUUGAAGUUCUUGAGAAACUACAUACUCGUAAGCAAUGCUUGUAGUUCGGCGGUUUGUUUGUACGUGGCGUG